AAGGAGCUCUGUAGUUCUGUUCCUCACGGCAAAAUGGCCGCCACCAGGAGGAACGUGGAGGAGAUCCGGACUCGUGUGAUUUUAGGGGAGUUUGGAGUGAAAAAUGUCCACACCACAGACUUUCCUGGAAACUACCCCGGAUUUGACGACACCUGGAACAUGCCGGCGUUUCAGAGGAACUUCCGGGUGGACGUGGUGCACAUGGAUGAAAGCAGCAUGGAGUUCGACAUGGUGGGGGUGGACGCCGCUAUUGCUAACGCCUUCAGAAGAAUCCUACUGGCAGAGGUCCACACCACGGACUUUCCUGGAAACUACCCCGGAUUUGACGACACCUGGAACAUGUCGGCAUUUCAGCGGAACUUCCGGGUGGAUGUGGUGCACAUGGAUGAAAGCAGCAUGGAGUUCGACAUGGUGGGGGUGGACGCCGCUAUUGCUAACGCCUUCAGAAGAAUCCUACUGGCAGAGGUGCCGACCAUGGCGAUAGAGAAAGUCUUCAUCUACAACAACACGUCCAUCGUCCAGGAUGAGGUCCUGGCUCACCGGUUAGGGCUCGUCCCCAUCAGGGCUGACCCUCGUCUGUUUGAGUACAAGAACACAGCUGAAGGCUCUGCAGAGGAGGAGGCUUCAGAGAUAGACACCAUCCAGCUGCAGCUGAAGGUUAAAUGCAGCAGGAACCCCCGAGCCAGCAAAGACUCAUCAGACCCACGAGAGCUGUAUCUGAACCACAUGGUGUACUCCCGGGACAUAACGUGGGUUCCCAUUGGGAACCAGGCCGACGUGUUUGCAGACUGCAGCAUCGGCCCCGUGCACGACGACAUCCUGAUAGCUCAGCUGCGUCCAGGACAGGAGCUGGACAUCACCAUGCACUGUGUGAAGGGCGUGGGAAAGGACCACGCUAAGUUCUCCCCGGUGGCCACGGCCAGCUACCGGCUGCUGCCGGACAUCAGCCUGCUGGAAACGGUGGAGGGGGAGCGGGCCGAGCGCCUCAAACGCUGCUUCUCUCCCGGAGUCAUGCAAGUGGAGGAUGUGGACGGGAGGAAGGUGGCCAGAGUGGUCAACAGCCGGCUGGACACCUGCAGCAGGGAGGUCCUCCGCCACAGCGACCUGAAGAACGCCGUGAAGCUGGGCAGAGUGCGGGACCACUUCAUCUUCACAGUGGAGUCCACCGGCAUCCUGCCUCCAGAUGUGCUGGUGACAGAAGCCAUCAAAGUCCUGAUGACCAAGUGCCAGACGUUCCUGAACGAGCUGAACUCCACAGACCUGGGCUAGGACCUCUGAUCUGGACCUAAAGAGCAUUCUGUGACCGCGCUUGCAUUUCGUUUACCUCAGCUUUCCAAACGAACUCUGGAUUUCACAGAAAACCUUCUUCAGUUGUGUGGAUUUUUGUUGAUGAAAGCCUGAUUUGAAGCAGAUCUUCCUGUUCAGUCUCGUCAUUGUUUUUCAUCACUGCAGUUUAUGACUUAUUCAGAUAAGAUAAGAGCUUUAUUGAUCUCACAGUUGAGAAAUUCACUGGUCACACAUCGGUUAGAGUUCAAAAGGAGGAAAAGGUGCAUAAAGUACAGCAAAAGCAAACAAAUAUACAACAAAAACAAACAAAUAUACAAGGAAGCAACACAGCACAGAGAUUUGAGUGAUUAAAAUAUAUACAAUCAUUGAUGGCUCACACACAGUACGCAUAUUACACAGGUCAAUAAAUAUAACACAAUUGCACAGCAGUUGUUAAAGUGCAGCGUUGUACAGUCUGG